AUGUCAAUAAGUCGGAAAAAUUGGUCCGCUUUGUCCAGUCUGGCUCGGCGCUGGACCAUGGAGGAUGAAGAGGAGGUUGAGAGGGAGAGGAGGAGAAGGGUGCGGGGGUCAAGCUCCUCUAAUGACCCAGACCAUGUCUUUGAUUCAGAGCAUCCAGGGCAUGAGGCAGGGGCACCCUCAGGUUACCAGGUUCUCAGCAGUGCAGAGCAGACGCAGCUGGACUUUAUGGAGAUGCUCCGAUCGCGAGACGAGAGGCGGAGGAUACGACAUGUGGAGACUUUAAGAAGGCAGAAAGAGGCUGUGGAUGCAGAUGAUGAUGAUGUCUCUGCAGAGCCCAGAGUAGAACUGCAGGGAGACGUGGAAGAGGCCCAGACAACAAAAGCCGAGCUGACAACAAAAGUCAUGCCUAAAGCUACCGAGCUGACGACAAAAGUCAUGCCUAAAGCUACCGAGCUGACGACAAAAGUCCCGUGCAGCACCAGAAGCAGCACCAGAAGCAGCACUAGUAGUGAGACCAGCAGCAAAGACACAGAGUUUGAAAACGGGAAGUCGUCACUCAAAGACCAUGAUCCACCAGCAACAUCAAACUCGGCCCGCAAGUUUGUCAGUUCUGUGUCCAUUUCACUUGACAAGAGUCCGUCCUCCAGUGGUCGCACAACUCCCAUGAGCCCGCGCUCCCCGAUGGCUCCUCUGUCCCCUCUGUCCUCACGAGCGCCUCCAAGCCCUUUUCAGAAUGGACACACACAAGAGAGCAAUGUAAAUGGGUCAUCUCAGUUUGAACCAACAUCUAAACCUGCAUUUGUCAGACAGAGCUCCAGGACAAUCUCCUUCAGGUUAAUGAAAAAGAAAGAAGAGGAGACUUCACCACUGCAGAGGAGUGCAAGUGUCAGAAUUGCCUCCAAGAAGUUUGAAAGAAAUACAGAGCAAACCCCAGAGGUAGAUGUGGCGUCAUCCUUUCAAAGAAACUCUAGGCAAAGGAUUUCAUCCAGGUCCAUUCAGGAGAAGAUGGAGAGACUGGCCCAGGCUGCACAGAGGUCAGAGACAGUGCGCUCCCCGGACGUUUCCCAGAAGACUCUGUCGAUGAUGGAGGAAGUGUCCAGAAAGAGAGGCCUUUUUGAGCAGCAGCAGGAUCAGGGCCUUGUCAGCAGACAGGAGUUUAGAAACAUAAAAACUGGAAUGUCUGAGCGCAUGAAUAAGUGGAUGAAUAAGAGCAAUGAAACAGGAGCGACACACAGCCCCUCGGAUUUGAGGCACGUGGACAUCUCGAGUAAGAAAAGUCUGUUUGAGAAGAAGGUCCUGUACUGCUCCAGUGCAGAGUGUGCAAGGUGUGAGGAGCAGUUGUACUCAUUGCCGAGUUUGUUUUGGGGCGCACAAUAUCUCAGCAUCAUGUCAGACACAGAGGAGGUGAUGGAGGAGUAUGAAGAGGAGGUGGAAGAAGAGGCAACUGAAGUGGAUCAGGAGGCAGAGGAGCAGGAGGAGGGGCCGGAGGAGGAACAGGAGGAGGAGGCUCCUGAAGACGAAGACGCCGCUGCUGCAGAGGAUGAAGAGGAGGUCAAUGAGGAAAUGGACGAAGACGCCGAGGAUGGAGAUGAGGAAGAAACAAAACCAAAACACAAGCCAUUUAUCAUGCCCAACCUGAUCCCGCCGAAGAUCCCAGAUGGAGAAAAGGUUGAUUUUGAUGACAUACACCGCAAACGGAUGGAGAAGGACCUGAUGGAGCUCCAGACUUUGAUUGAGGUCCAUUUUGAAGGCAGGAAAAAAGAAGAGGAAGAUAUCAUUAAUCUCAAGGAGAGAAUUGACAAAAGGCGUUCUGAGCGCGCGGAGCAGCAGAGAAUCCGCAGUGAGAGAGAAAAGGAGCGGCAGAAGCGACUUGAGGAUGAAAGAACUCGUAAAGAAGAGGAGGAAGCCAAGAAACGAGCUGAGGAUGAUGCUAAGAAAAAGAAGACGUUGACAAGUCUGCAUUUCGGAGGUUACAUGCAGAAACUGACAGAAAAGCGCAGUGGGAAGAGGCAGACGGAGAGAGAGAAGAAGAAGAAGAUCCUCAGCGACAGACGAAAACCCUGCGAUGUUGAACAUUUAAGUGAAGACAAACUCAAAGAAAAGGCCAAAGAAUUGUGGGAGUGGAUGUCGCAACUAGAGGCAGAGAAGUUUGAUCUGCAGUACCAGUUGUCCAGACAGAAAUACGAGAUAAACGUGUUGAGGAACCGAGUCAGUGACCAUCAAAAAUUAUCUAAGAGGACCAAGAGGGGGCUGAGGAAAUAG